AUGAUUGCCACCAACGAACCAAUACCAGUUCAAAAUGCAACUACAGCAAUUCCAAAUAAUCUUGAGGAAGAUACAAAUAAUUUGGUAAUUGCAUCCACAGCUACCACAAAUGGUAAAAAUACCGCAAAUGCUGUGGUUACAGCCACAAUACCAGUAACAGUAACAGAUGAAACACUAACAUCAACAGCAGUAAGAACCGUACCAAUAUUUACCUUAGGGACAACAGACGAAGAAGAUAAUGAAGACGAUGAUGAAGACGAUGAUAAUGAAGAAACCGAAAAUGACAAUGAUGAAGAUGAAGAUUUACAAGAAAGUGUUGAUAAUGAUAAAAGUGACGAAGCUUUAGAAGAUCAAACCAAAAGCUCGACAAAACAAAUAGCUUCAAAUGAUGAAGAUUCUUGCAAAACAACAAAAUCUAUUGAAGAUAAACGUACUGAAAAUGCUUCAAAGGAAAAUGGUAAGCAUUAA